UAUUCGCAAUCGCAGAACCACAGCUCUUCGGUUUGAGUGUUCGAUGGAGAGGCAGCAGGAUGCUGCAACUCGGCCGCGUCGGAACACGUGCUGCGUGCGUUCCUCGGGACGGUGGUCGGGUGGAGGGGUGUGGACCACGUUGGUUGUUGGUUGUUUUCGUUCUUUUUUUUUCCCCGCUUCUUCCAUUUCUUCGCACUCUCUCACUCUUUCGUGCGCACACACAUUCACGCUCGCCGCGGUUUCUUCUCGAGGUUUUUCUGCCGCACUGUUUUUUUUGCCGCCCCCCAUCCCAGCAAGGACUACACCACGAUACAACCACACAUCAGACCGCCACAUCUCGAUAUUUUGCGAAAGCACAGGAGCAGAGGCCACAAGGCUUUGGUUGCGUGUUUCGGCAUCUCACUCAUCAUCAUCAUCAUCGGCGGGGCGCACAGAGUUACCGCGAUCGUACACCGCAACGACAGGACACGCCACGGCGCAGUCUUCGAGCAGUUCGAGAGUUAACCGAGCGUUGUGAUGAUCCGCCGUCGCUGUUUUUGACCACCUCUGUGGAUUGCUAGCACAAGUUGUGGGUGGUCGUUGAUUCGCGUUUUUAUUUUUUAACCGUGAAGUGAAAAAGUUCAUUAAUGGAGUAUUGUUAACUGUCUGAGACCUGGGCUUUGGUGCUUGAAUCUAUCUAAGUGAAGUGAGUUUCGGAUGUCCUGAGCUGUAGUGAAUAUCGAAGGAUUAUAUUCGUGGUGUUAUCUGCUCGGUAUGUCGAGAGAAUUCAGUGAAUCUGUGAAAUAUCUACGCUUUAUGAGUUGAACUAUCAAACACCCCCACGAGACCGAGCAUGUGCGAGGUUGUGCUCCAUGAAAUUCGGUGCUUGUGAACACCUCAAGUGAAGACAGAGAGUGAGAAAACAAAACUGUGAUUAAAAGUGUUUUAAAUCGACGUGGCAGAGGAAAAAAGAUGCAUUUGGCCGCUUCGGAGGUGACCUCCACAACGAAUCCCACCUCGAUGGCUGAGCUGAGUAGUAGUGGUGGCAAAGUGAGCAGUGGUGACACUGGCAGCGGUAAUGCGUCCACAGACGUGAGUGGGGGCACCAGCAAAACCCAACAGCUCACCGCGGAAAGUUUGGCGGAACGCACCAUCGAAGGUCUGCUGGCGGAUCACCCGGGAGAACUUGUGCGUACCGGAUCACCACACGUGGUUUGCACAGUGCUGCCGAAUCACUGGCGCUCGAACAAAACCCUUCCGGUCGCCUUCAAGGUGGUGGCACUCGGGGACGUUGGCGACGGCACGAUGGUCACCGUCAUGGCGGGAAACGAUGAAAACUUUUGCGGCGAACUGCGGAACCAUACGGCGAUCAUGAAGAACCAGGUGGCAAAGUUCAACGAUCUGCGUUUUGUCGGCCGCAGCGGAAGGGGCAAGAGCUUCACGCUGACGAUAAUGAUAUCGACGGUUCCGAUCCAGAUAGCGACAUACACGAAGGCGAUCAAAGUGACGGUGGAUGGACCGCGGGAACCACGCUCCAAAAUCCGGCACCAGGGCUUCCAUCCGUUCGCUUUCGGGCCACAGCGGUUCGGACCGGAUCCGCUAAUGGGAACGCUGCCCUUCAAGUUGCCAGGCUUCCCACAUCAAUUAGGCGGCAUGGCGGGCCAUUUACAUAUGGCCAACGAUUGGCGGCAGCUCAACGGUCGGACUGCGGCUGGAUUUCCAAGUUCGCAUUUUUUCCACCACCAUGCGGCCACCAAUCCGGCCCACUUUGCACCGCACAUGCUGGCCGCCAUCGAUCGAAUCGAGCAGCAGCAGCAGCACCAACAACACCACCACCGUCAGCACCCGGCGGCGGUCACUACGAUGGGAAUGCUUUCGGCCGUGGCCGCGGCGGCAUCCACCUCGGCAAGUACCGUAGGCGUCGUCUUCAACGGAGCCGGCGGCGGAGGCGACCCAGGCAGCACCAAUAACACCAACAAUGGCGAAGGCUCCACAAUAAACUCACCCAGGAUUAGCGAUUCUAAUGACAUCCACAACCCUCUCGCUAACUGCAACCCACAUAGUACAACCAGCCCGAAGAGCUCACCGAAUCCCUCCAGCGAUGCGCACCAAGCGGUAACCUCCAACACGGACGACGCCCGGCCGUCCGCGGAUGGGGACUACGAUCGGGACGAUCUGGACGAUGACAACGAUCAGAUCAGUGUGACCGGCUCCGAUCUGGGUAGCAGUGGCCACGCGGAAACCGACCGCCGAAGUCCCCUGAUAGGCGGAGCCUUCACCUCACUCAUACAGAAGAACCACGCCAAGAUGAAAAGUGGACUGGAGCUGUUCCAGAACGGAGCCUUUUCGGGAAAUCCUGCCUAUCCGCACCAGGUGCAACAACCCCACCCGCUGAAUCACGCCCUGGCGGCACAGCUGUUCUUCCAGAACCCAUUGAUACCUCAACCGAACCAUUGGCUGUACAAUCAGUUGUACGGAAACUAUCAGGAGCUCCCGUGGUUCCGACAGUCGCUCUUCGCUAACAACAAUAACGCACCGAACACCGACAGCAAGGACAGUUUGGACUCACCCAAGAGUAGCGACGCUGCUGGGAAUAAACGGUCCAUCACGGUGGUGUCCAGCAAUGGGGAAGAGGACGAGGAGAUUCCGCCGCGCAAGAUGAUCGUUAUCGAUGACGAGGACGAGGAUCGCCGGAAGAACUCACCCUCGGUCACGUCCACGAAAAGGUCGCCCAGUCCCGAGAUCGCAACGUCGCCGUCCUCUCCCUACACUGACAGUGUUUCCAGCCUAACAGUGCUGGAACGCUCCGGGACGAAAUCCAGGAAGUGCGACAAAGCCUCCCGACAGCAGCACUGCAAGCAGAGUGAUGUGUGGCGUCCGUAUUAGAAGUAGAGUAGUUUGUUGGAUAUUGGUUAUAGCGUGGGGGAGGUUUCGGGCAAACGCGAAACAGUGCAGCAAUUACCCUGAAUAAUGUAAAAAAAAAUCGAAAAGCACAUAUCUUCUACCGCAGUUUUUGUAUAGUAGUUGGCCUAAAUGUUUGUAUAGAAAAAAAAGAAAGAGAUUCGUAGAUAAUACCCAUUACUCGAUACAGGAACAUUGUAUAAAAUAAAGCUAUUAGCG